GCAUUCUGACUGGACUUCUGUCCUUCAUGUCGGACGAUGCAGUGACAGCGGGCAGCAUAGUGGCGUCAGAGGCAGACAGGCGCAAGCUCGCACGGCUCUCCAUGGCCAACAACUGCUGCAGGUACGUGCUUUGCUGCUCUGCCAUAUUGCUCCUCUUAAAUACGUCCCAUUUGCUGCCCUCAUUCUCCCCAUCCUCAUUUGCCUGAGAGUCCCUAAUUAGUUGGUCGACAAUAUACAUCUCUCUACCUCCCUCCGGUUCCCCUUACGUCCGUGAUUCAUGUCUAUUUCCGCCCUCCUCCCCCCAGCCCCAUGUUUCCGCAAGCUGUUCCCCCGACCUGGUGGACAGCUACACGGCCUCGCUUGCCACGGCAGCAGAUGCAGCAGAGGGGGGGAGGGAUGGGGCGUGCAGAGCGCAGGGGGAGGGGGCAGAGGGUGGGAGAGUGGGUGCGCUGCUGCUGCUGCUGCAUUGAGCGCAGGGAAGGCAGCAGAGGCAGCUGUUACAGGGUCGGGCAGUGGGAGUGGGGCGAAGCCGGGCAUUUCUAGCUUGUCGUUUUGGGUGACAGCGGCAGUUGUGCUCAUAUGUGGGUGCGUCAUGGCGGUGCCGUUCCUCGACUCCUUGUCCUCGUCCCUGCUGCGACUAUCCUGACAGUCAACACGUUGAGCGUGGUGGCUUCAAUUCGUGUGCUUAUUUUUGUCUGUGAAAAACUUGGGUUAGGAGCUAGCAUCAUUUGUACUUGUAAUGUUCAGAUGAUUGAUUUUGUGUAACAAGGCUUUCGUGAGGCU